UACUAGUAAAAAUUAGAAGUUUCAGAACUUUUGAAACACAUGUAAUCUUCUCUCUCGUUUCACCAUUCGUCUGUUUUCCUUUGGUCAUCUUCUCACUCACCCACCCACCGCCCUUCUUUUUCUCUCUCCUCCAACCAUGGUUAAAAAUCUUCUUCCAUUAGUAUAUACAUGGUUGAGUUAAUAUAUAUAACUUGUUGUUAAAAAACAAAAGUAGUAAGAUUUCUUUAUUUUUGAGUUAUGGGAAAUAUCACACCUUCUUAUGAUCAACUGUUAUGCAACAAAUGUCAUGCUCCAAAAUUUAAAGGAUUAUUGGAUUUUAUAGACAUUGCUAUUUUUAGCAGUAAAUCAUAUUUCUUGUUCCAAGUAAAAAUUAAGAGGAAAGGAAAAAAAAAAACGACUCCCACAUUAUUCAGUGGGAGUCAGAUAGAUAUAGAAGAUUAUACUAUAUCACUCUCUUUCUCUCUCUAACAACUUUAUUUUCUCUCUCUAAAAUUCUUCUCUAGAAUCUUUCUUCAAAAGAAAACAAACAAACAAACAAACCCUAAGAAAGAAAGAAAGAAAGAGAUGAUGAUGAUGGUGGAGGAGAGAGAAAAUGAGAAAAAUGAUGUCCUUGGAUUUGCCCAAAAUAAUGGAGUCGUUGUUUUUAACAGUGGUAACUCAGCGAGUGGGAACGGUGGACUCGGUAACUCGGGUGAGUCAACUCGGGCGAUUUUGGGGUGUUUUGGAGAGCAUAAAAUUCAGAGGAAGAAAAGGAUGGCUAGACAAAGAAGGUCCUCUGUUAGUCUCUUACCCUUUGCUUCCUCUCACGUGCCUACUCUCUCUCUUCCUGCACGUGUCAUUGAUCCACGGAGAUUGAGAUUUUUAUUUCAAAAGCAACUUCAGAACAGUGACGUCAGCUCGCUAAGGAGGAUGGUGCUACCAAAGAAAGCAGCCGAGUCACACCUCCCUACUCUAGAAACUAAGGAGGGAAUUUAUAUCAGCAUGGAUGAUAUGGACGGGGUGCACAUCUGGAACUUCAAGUAUAGGUUUUGGCCAAAUAACAACAGUCGAAUGUAUGUCCUAGAAAACACAGGUAAAAGGGACUUUGUAAGUGCUCAUCGUUUGCAGCUUGGGGACUUCAUAAUGGUCUAUCAAGACAUCAUUAACCUUAACUAUGUGAUACAAGCCAAGAAGACUUCACAACAAGAAAUAUACAAUGACUAUACAACCAACGCAGUUAGUGAUCAUUACUAUCAAGUUCACAAUUUUGAGAUAAACCGGUACAAUCAAUUAAGCUGGAACGAUCCCGGGAAAGUGGAGGAUGAUAAUAAGACAUGCAUGUCAUUUGUAUAUGAGACAACCAGCUUCUCCAAUGACUCGCCUUUCGAUUUUCUUGGUGGGUCUAUGACUAACUACUACUCAGGGAUGGGCGGUCAUGGCUUCGAAAACUUCGGAUCUGUUGAUAAUUUGUCCCUUGACGACUUCUAUUGAAGUUCAUGUUGAAUAUGUCAAUGAUCUGAAACAUAAGAUGGUGUUUCAUGUCUUAUCUUUGUUUCUUUUGGCUGGGUAAAAAGCUCACUCACUCUAUGGUGGUUUUUUGGUUGGUAAAAAUGUAGCUAUAAAUAAUGGGUUUGGGGUUUGGAAAGGUUAAAGAAAAGAAAGAGGGAGAAAGUUUUACCUAAGCUUGAUAUGUUGUUGUAUGUGAUGGGAUAGUCCAAGUUAACAAUUUGGUAAAUUUUGUUGUAAAACUUGAACUAACUAUUUGCAUCUUUUGUUACAUGCUA